GGCUGGCAGAGGCUAUGAGGGUAGGGGCUGGCAGAGGGAACAAGAGGCUGACAAAGGCAUGGAGGGGACAAAGGGGAUCUCUCAGCUGCAGGGGUCCACCCCAGAAGGCCGUGAGUGCCACCAAGUCUCUGACACUUCCCCUGUCCUCUCCACAGCUGUCUCCGGACCUGCUGCAGUCACAGGUCACUGUGGUGGCCAUCCUGGGUGAGCUGCUGGCCACCCUACCCAGGCGGGACAAGGUGAUUUUGCUCGAGUCCUCAGGGUGCCUGUACUGGGACCUGGUAGCCUUCACCGAGAAGCUCCGAGUCACCCUGUAUUGUAUUGAUGACACCUGGUGGCCUGGCAUUGUCACCUCCGAUGAAGAUGACCCUCCCACCUCCCUGAGCCAGGCCCUGGAUGCCUACGAGAGCACCAAAUGGACCACCUGGGACCGUGUGACAUCGGUGGCCAGCAAGUGGCAGGGGCUGGUGGCUGUAGUUGAGGAGAGCUGGGCCCGGCUGGCCAGGGCAGCCACCAAGCUCCACAACACAUGCAGGGAGGUGGUCACUGAGGCGGUAGAGAUGGCAGCCACGGCCACCACCCAGGUCACAGAGCUGCAGGACAAGGCUGCCUGUGAUGGGACAGCUCAGGAAAAUGUGGUGGGGCUGGGUCAGGCACUUGGUGGGGAGGAGGUGGCCGAGGUGGUGGCUGGGCAUGAAGCCUGGGUGAGGAGAGAGCCUAGGGUGGCUGCCAGCGAGGCAACAACGGCCACCAUGGUGAGACAGCAGCUGGAGGCGGCCCUGGGGCUGCUGGAGCGCUUGGUGGCCGCGUGUGACGAAACCACCACCUUCCCCCGGAAGCUGCAGCGCCUGCUCAGGGACAUCAAGGCCUCUGUGAAGGAGACAUAUUUUGAAACCCCUGCUGUCCCUGAGGACUUGGUGGCCAAGGUGGCCGUGGCCGAGCGGCUGUGGGAGGCCAAUGCCCGCCUGGUCAAGGAUCACCUGGUGGGGGCAGUUCCAGACACCAUCAAGUUCUAUUUCACUGGUGGUCCUGGCAGCCCCAGUGCCUAUGGGGUGGCCGAGCGGUGCCAAAGAGCCAUCGAGGACAUCCCAAGGCUCCUUCAAUCCCCGGAUUGUCUCCAGAGUGUCCGCAAGGCAUCCUCAGUGAGCAUGGAGCUCCAAGAGGUGUCCCCUCCUCAGUUGCAGGCGCUGGUGGCUGUGGUGGCCACCCUGGGCGAGGUGGUGGCCACUGUGACUGGGCCACAAAGGGGCAAGUUCCUGCACCCAUCUCCAGACUCCCUGCAUGAGGACCUGAAGAACUUCACCCAGAACCUCUGUAAGAUUCUGUACCAUGGUGAUGUCACCUCCCUGGGCCACCGUGGUGUCACCUCCCUGGGCCGGGCCCUGGCCGCCCUCAGGGCAACCCCUGACACAACCUGGGCUGAUGUCAGAGCCGAGGCCAGCGCCUGGUGGGAGUCAGUGGCCAAGCUUGUGGACAACUGUGACCAGCUGGCCAGGGAGGCCACCAAGCUCCGUGACGCCUGUGGGAAGGUGGUCAUGGACCAGCAGCUGAUGGUGGCCCUGGACACGAAGGAGGUGGCCUGGGAAAUGGCCACGCAUGAUGCCCAGGUGGCAGCAGUCACCAACAAGGCCAUGGGAAAGGCUGUGGCUGCCACCAGGAGGGGACAUUGGGCCGAGGUGGCCCUGGGGCCGCUGCAGCGCUUGGUGGCUGCGUGUGACAAAGUCACCUUGUUCAACUGGAACAUGGAGUGGCGGCUCAGGGACAUUGAGGCCGCCCUGAAGGGGACAAAUGAGGUGUCCCCUGAUGUCCUCCAGGACAUGGGGGCCAAGGUGACCAAGUUUGAGUGGUUGUGGGUGGCCAGCGCCCGCCUGGCCAAGGAUCACCUGCUGGGGACACUUGGGGUCAUUUACAACAUCCUCUUGAGUCCCUGUGGUGACCAUGGUGGCCCCAGUGGCCCCAGCAGCCGUGUGGUGGCCAAGCGGUGCCAAAAAGCCAGUGAGGACAUCCCAAGGCUGCUGUGGGGACAGUGAUACCACCACUGUGACCUCACUGGGGCAAUGAUGUCACUGGAGAGUCUUGUGGACACUCGAGUGCCACCAGGUCCUCGUGUCACCAAGAACCCUUUGAAUACCCACCAGCCUGGGACAGAACGGGUGCCACCAGGCUGGUGGU